AUGAGGUCAUUCAACCAGGUUUCAUCAGCCCCAGGCGGGGCAAGCAAAGGUGGUGGAGAAGAGCCCGGGAAGCUGCCGGAGCAGGCAGAGGAGGAAUCCCAGGUUUUGCACGGAACUGGCCACUGUAAGUGGUUCAACGUGCGAAUGGGAUUUGGAUUCAUCUCCAUGAUAAACCGAGAGGGAAGCCCCUUGGAUAUUCCAGUCGAUGUAUUUGUACACCAAAGCAAAUUAUUCAUGGAAGGAUUUAGAAGCCUAAAAGAAGGAGAACCAGUGGAGUUCACAUUUAAAAAAUCUUCCAAAGGCCUUGAAUCAAUACGGGUAACAGGACCUGGUGGGAGCCCCUGCUUAGGAAGUGAAAGAAGACCCAAAGGGAAGACACUACAAAAAAGAAAACCAAAGGGAGACAGAUGCUACAACUGUGGUGGCCUUGAUCAUCAUGCUAAGGAAUGUAGUCUACCUCCUCAGCCAAAGAAGUGCCAUUGCUGUCAGAGCAUCACGCACAUGGUGGCGAACUGCCCUCACAAAACUGUGGUGCAGCUGCCCGCCGGUUCUCAGGGAAGACAGGAAGCAGAGCCCCAGCCGUGCACCGCGUUCCCUCGAGAGGUGGGAGGGGGGCACGGCUAUCCGUCACCACCGUUUCCUCAGGAGGCGAGGUCCGAGGUCUCAGAGUGGCCAGGCAGGUCACCUGCAGAAGCUUCCUCCACAAAGUCACCUGCAGCACCAGAAGAUCAAAGCAAAAAGGGGCCUUCCGUGCAAAAAAGGAAAAAGACAUAA